AGUCAUGUGUGUUUACGUUGAGCACGAUGAGGAUUAUGGGUAAAGCAUGGGGUGAAUUGCAUAAGGUUACCAAAGGCAACAGUGAUAAUGGUGGCUGUUUCAGCCCCGGUCCGUGAUUCUGAAGCCGCCGGUGAAGCCUCUCUGCUCUGAUGCAGCGGAUCACCAGCCUCGCUGCAUGCCGGGAGCUCAGCGGCCUCGCUGCUUGCUCCCCCGGGCUCUGCGCCUGGAAGAGGGGCCCGACCUGCAGCAGGCAGCCGGUCCUGAACCGGCAGAGGACGGGUGUGUGUGUGCGUCUCACACGCCCUUUCACAGGGGAGCCUGGAGCUCAGGGCCGGAGGCUGUGCAGGGGCAGGAGGGUCGUGUUCGCCGGUCAGAAACACAGACUGUUCUGCUCUCAGCUUGGAGCCGAGGGGCCUCCGGAGGGACAACCCACUAUCUCUGUGGUCGGCAUCCCGGACCCCCUUACAUGGAUCCGGUGCAGAGUCAUCAUCUAUCUCAUCGACCUGUACUUUCAGUUAGACAUCAACUCUGCAGAGUUUGACAGAGGAGUGAAGCAGGCUUUGGUCCAUGUCUCCAACAUGAUGUCCCGUGGCAGUUACCACGGGCUGGUGGGGCUAGUCUCCGAAGAGAUGAUAGAGUACAUUAAGAAGUGGGGCAGUUCUCUCACAGAGGCUCAGAAGCAGCAGCUGGCCGUCACCAUGGAUGAUAUUAUAUUUGUGCUGCCAGAAGACGUGUCGGUCGUCUUUGAUACUCACGGUAGAAAGUUCUGCUACGUCACGAUGAGGUUUUGGUUUCUGUCAGCACACGAAGGUCCUGAAGACCCCGAGGGCACGAGGAUCUUCAAAGUGUCCUCGAGUGAAGACGGCAGUCCACAGAAGAAAAUAGUCACAGCAGUCUAUGAAUUCCACAGAGAGCUGACAACGGGGGCCUCUUCUGAUUGGACGGUCACCACAAUUUGGCACUGGCACUGGAAAAUGGCUGAGUGAUAUGACUCUUAAACUCAAAGGCCAGUCGUCAGUCACCAGGACACACCAUGGGAGUCCUGAUUGGCUGAAACUGGACCACAGAUUGACUCUCCAUAAUGACCAGAUGAAACGGGACCCAGAGCCAUACCACUGAAGCUGUUCAGACACCCCAAGACCUCAAAGAACUCUUCUUUUACUUGAAUGUGUCUAGACCCUGAGAUGCCUUGAACAUCCCGCUCCAGGGAUUUCACUGUUACACAGCAUACUAUACAAGUCCUCUGAUUCAAUGUAGAACUCAUUCCGGUUUCAUUAGCUCAGACACAUCUGAUGCAAAAGUGUCUUUUUGUGAAAAUAUCUGUUGAAUGUGAAGCCAAAUACUCAUCACUCCAUGUAGGCCCAGGUACUAUAUUUUUACCAGAGCUUUCAGCCACACAUCAGUCUUUACUCUGCAAAUGGAGAUGGCAUGUUUGCCAUCACUAUGUCUACUGAAGGAAAUUUAUUCAGGUGACCACAAGUGCUUGAAUAUGGGCACAGUUGCAACAUGAGCAAAGUAGCUUUGCUGUAGCUCAAGUGAUCACAUAUAAGCUAUCUGUAUGAAAACCAUGAUCAUUUCAUCCAAUGAGGCAGAGAGACCAUGACAUGCAGUUUGAAGUUCCAGUAAAAGCUAGUACUGGAACUUUUUAGUUUAAAAAAACACACUGUUGCCAAGCUCAAGAAGGAACUCACUUAUCUCCAUUCUGUUUGUUAAAGUCAAUGUUGCAUCAAUAAACUGUUUGAUCCUCACA